AUGUCAUUCAGGAGGCAAGUGAAGAACUUCGUGAAAAAUUACUCAGAGGCCGAAAAAAAAGUCAGGGAAGCAACUUCCAAUGACCCCUGGGGCCCCUCUAGCUCUCUGAUGUUAGCCAUCAGUGACAUGACUUUCAACGCGGCCUCCCUCUCCGAGGUCAUGCGCAUGCUGUGGCAGCGACUGAGCGACCACGGGAAGAACUGGCGCCACGUGUACAAAUCCCUCGCCCUGAUGGACUAUCUCAUCAAGAACGGCUCCAGGAAAGUCAUUCAGUACUGCAGAGAGGGCGUCUGUAACCUUCAAAUGCUAAAGGAUUUUCAACACAUAGAUGAAGCCGGCAAAGACCAAGGUCGCUAUAUCCGGGAGAGGUCUAAGCAGGUCAUCACUCUGCUGAUGGACGAGCAGCUGCUUUACAAAGAGAGGGAAGUGGCGACGUGGACAAGGCAGCGGACCUCCUACUCCAUGUCAUUUCCUAGCAGAUUACCUGCCUCAGGGAGCUCACCUACAGCAUGUACUUCUGUUCUCACCCCGGAAAGCCUUACCUCAGAGAAGAAGCAGUCGCAAGACUGCAAGAAGACUGCGAGUCUCCACAAUAAAAGAAACCCCUCCCAGGCCAGGCUGAGGCUGGAGCAGUGCCAGGACGGGCCCGCGCCUGCGGGAGCCUCCCUGCCGCUGUACUUUCCUUCACUCGGGAUGAAGGCGUGGAAAUCUACAGAGGACCUAACACUGUUGUACUCAUAUGAGCAUCUGAAGCAACCUUUGUCAAGGUUACCUCCUUCCAUUACCUCUCCUGCUUCCUGGCUGUCAGAAGAAGCGGAAAUCUGCGAUCUUUGGGACACAGAAGCUGUGUCUACUCCCCCAGAAAAAAAACCAUCGAUGCAGACAAAUAUGAGUUUAGGCAAGAAAUUGGAGAAAGCCAUUACAAAUACUAUCACAGAAGAAAGUCCCCCACAAACUCCUCAGGAAAAGCAGACGGCUGCGAAAAACUUUGAAACGCUGACGCCUUUACAAGCAUUGUGGCCAUCAGGUAAAGAUGAGGUCAUCAGCCUGGGUUUGAGGAUGUCCAAGUCUGAGUCCAUGUUCCACAACCAGUCCUCUGUGGAAACACUCUACGUCUCACCCACAUUCAAAACCAUUAGCCCACUGAGCAAGACCAGUAAGGACCUCCAGACACCUGCACGGUCCAGCAUCUGCCGGAUGGAAGAUGUGUCCCUCAAGCCUUUAGCCAUGCGGGGUGAGUGUACCCCCAAGCAAGCCAAUGACGCAGUCUCCACCGCCUCAGAGGCCGCAUCUUCCUUCUCGACUCUGUCUAUAUCAUCUCCUGACUCGGCCCAUCCAGAGAAGUCAGCCCGACGCUUUACCCCGGUUUUGACCAGUUCUGCCUUCUGGACUCUGCCCCAGCCACAGUCAUUUUCUGACCCCUUCACAUACAAAAAUGAGGCAGUCAGAGUUCGUCACCCUUUUGCGCCCACGGGCACGGCAUCUUCAGAUGAUGAGGAUUACCCCAGUCUUCCAGAUAACUCCAAUCUAGCCAUGAAGAAGCCAAGUUACAGCCCCAGCAGUGGCCGGGUAGCAUUCUCCUCCCUAACUAGAGCGCACUUCCCCGUGGUGUCCCAGGCAAGCUUUCAGAAAAGCUCAGGCUUACCCAGGGACUCUGAGUCACGUGCCAUCCGCACUCUGCUAGCCGAGGUGAAGAGUGCUGUGGUUCGACUCCACGAGGACCUGAGCCUGGUGAUCCAGGAGCUUGGGGUCAUCAACAGCCACCUGGGCAAUCUGAGUGGCAACAGCCCAGCAGUCAGUGAGACCCCGCAGGACCCCCAGUCUCCCAGGGGGAGCCCAGACCCCGUGUAGUCACCUAGCCAGCUUGCUGGAACUCAGUGGUUCCGCUGCCCACAGACCUAGGAGAUUCCUGUUGCUGUAGAGACACGAAGACAAUGACUUAAUUUUUCUUUGUCAAGUUUAUUAGCACCGCCUUUCAAACCGACAAAGCCAUGUGGGGUUAGAUUUCUUUUUUUUUAAGAGAGAGAAGUCACUUUUGAUCAUUUUAGGUUUAGAUAUUGGUUCCUUUGAAACCGAAGGGUAUUUCUGCCAUUCUUUACGUUUCUGAACUUUAUCCCUAGUGAGGAAAGCCUUAGUGCAAGUUUUGGGGAGACUUUAAAGCGCAAAUAGCUGUUGGAGGGCUUUUGGGUGAGCAAGUGAGCCAGGAGAAACCGGGGUUCCCACCCCCACCCCACCCCAGUGCCCAUGCGGAGCUACUAACAGGCUUCUGCCUGAUCUCUCCCUCUUUCAAGUUGAAGCCCCCACAAAUCAAGGGCCUGAAGUCUCCUCAGCUGCCACAGGGUCAGGAGUGAGGCUGAGGCAGGUAGGAUGAGGAGCACACAUUUUUUAUUUCAAUUUCCAGAAAAUUCAGAUGCGUUUCUUUUUUCUUGUAUUUCAUAAAUAAAUUUGAUGUUUUCAA